UAGAGUCGUAUAUAAACCGAUAAUUCUAAUGAAAUUCUUCAAUCGUACACAAUCGCUUUGUACAUCAGACGGAAGGGAAAACCACCUCUGGCCUUCCUAAAUCGCCUUCCAUAGGAUUGGACCCUCGAAAGCAAACGACCCUUAUGUCUGCCCCAGAAGGCCUCAACGAGAGCGGUUAUUACUCCAUGAACUCGACUGAGGAGUCGUCGUUGGAGAUUGAGGUUAUCCCUGCGCCAAAGGAGAACAUUGCCGGGCACUUUGGCCCCCAGUUGAUCCAAGGGGGGGAUCGUGGCUCUUAUUGGGGAGCGAGUAUCAGAAGCUGCCAACUUCUUGUGCCGGACCCGAAUCACCAGUUUCAUCCAGUUGAGCCAUUUUUCUUCUACCAUGUUAUAACCAAUGUCAUCCCCAACAGCAACAUGGAUAAACUUCAUGCAAGGAUCGGAUUCCUCUUCGAAGAAAUCUCUGGAACCCCGACUUAUGAAAUGGAUGGUAAUACGUUGGCUGAGAAGCUUGAAGAAUGUAGAGAGCGGAUGGAAAACCGGGGAUCUAGCGCUAACUUCAAAUUCCAUGAAAUUUGCGAGAAUGAGGAAGGCGUCUAUUAUUUCGUGCAAUUCAAGUCUGAUGGAACUGGAACACUUGCUGAUAUCUACGUAAGAGAAAGUCAGGGAAAAUGCGCAAAUGCUGAAACAGAUGACGAUGGCCACAUCGUCGAAUGUGUUAGGCUGCUGACGUCAGACAGAGUCGUAAUCAUGAGGCCAGCAUAUACGAAAGAUGGGCAGAGCUAUUAUAUCUUCAGCGACAAUGGAGACAGCAUCAAAGUUCGAGGUUACCUGAAGGUCGAGGAUGAAUUAAUGGGAUACAUGUUCCCAAUGUACAUCUACAACGGCAUCUACACGGGAAAAGGGAGUCAUGUGAGCAGUUUGCAAAGUGGUGACAGCGUGAACCCUUUGGUCAUCAAACUCCCGUUCAAUGAAGAGGACAACGAGAAAGUGAUUGCUGCAGAGCGAACAGUUGUCGAUAUCAGAGACGGCAAUGCCACGGAACAAAACAUAGACGAAGACCACAAGGUGAUCCACCAACCAGAUCCUGGAAUGUUCUUCCUGAAACGUGUCGAGGGUGGCUCGAUUGUUCUUCAGACGACGAAAGACAAAUCGCUGUUUCUUGGCAUUGAUGAAGAUGGUACACUUAAGACUAUCCGACCAGCUGACCACUACACAAAUGAUAGACGUCUCCACUUCAAGCGGCUUCUGCGGGCUCAGUUGAUUCAGAACCGGAUGUUGGAAAUAGUUCACGAGACGAAUGUGUGAGAGUAGAGCUGGAAAUCUCGGACUACUGGAGACAUUUUGAACUGCAACUAGAAACAUACCAAGAUACUUUUUGUAGGGCAGGGUUGAGUUCAAUUGAUAUAACGUCACUGCCUCUACCUUUGGUAAAGACUUGUGUUAAAGUGUUAAGUGUGGCCAUUGAACAGUGGAUACGUGAUAUAAUCAUACAGUUUUGGAUUCUCGGACUUGCUCGAGAUGAAUUUAUACUGCCAUCAGAAAUUGUCGCUUUAUACAGUUUGUAUAGUACCCCCAGGUAUAUGGCACGGCUUAACCCGCCGGCCAUGAGGGAAUUCCUUUAUGGCCCAGUGGUUGGCGCGUUGGCCCCAGAGUGGAAGUUAAGCAACGUUGAGCGCGGUCAACCUUUGGAUCGGUGACCGGCGAGUACAAUACAUCUGGCAGACCUUCCCACGCGAUGCGAGCUCUGGAUUUGUAGUUCGGUAAUGAGACGCAUGAAGCGCUUAGUAGGAUCGAGGACGAUCCAUCUCUGUCCGAAGGGGGGAAUGAUGUACCCCCAGGUAUAUGGCACGGCUUAGCCCGCCGGCCAUGAGGGAAUUCCUUUAUGGCCCAGUGGUUGGUGCGUUGGCCCCAGAGUGGAAGUUAAGCAACGUUGAGCGCGGUCAACCUUUGGAUCGGUGACCGGCGAGUACAAUGCACAGUUAUUGAAUGUUUCUUUGGAAUAGCAUGUCCUGCCUGUCAGGCCCCUACUUUAUUUGCCGUCUUGUCAUCCAGCUUGAGGCUAGGGUAUGACCAUUAUUAGUCAGUGUAAUAAUUCGGCAAUUUUGUGUAGCCGAGCAAUUAAAGAGGUAAUCCCUGUCUAUCAAUAAACUCACAAGGUUGUUUUUCGGGUUUAUGCAUGUUUCGCCUAUUUCUGUUUCGCCUAUUCCUGUUCCGCCUAUUCCUGUUUCGCCUAUUCCUGUUUGGCCUAUUUCCUGUUUGGCCUAUUCCUGUUUCGCCUACUUCCUGUUUCGCCUACUUUCCAGUACCCCUACAAUAAGUCGACUCUCCCACGGAGAACCUUAGGGAUGCAUGUCCAUUUUAUGGGGAAAAUGUGAGGGGACAAUUGGAUGAUGUUAACGAUGUGAUGACAAUUUGACUAAUCAAAUGCCAUCAACUUUGUUAACAAACCAUGCCAUGACC